GAGUCUCUCGGCAUCCGUUGAUAUGUCGGGGCGCGAGACAACGACGUUCUCCCCACCUGCUCACGCGCACGUUACCCCACAAAACCCUAAUUUCCAAGGCCUCUUACAAGGUGAGAGACAUUAGAGACUAGAGUGAAGGGAAGAGAAAACCACAGCUCCCAAACCCCACGACACAGCAAAGAAAACGAAGAAAACCCACAAAGAAAUAGGGAGGGAGAUGCAGAGGCAAAUUCUCCUCUUUGCUGUAGCUUUUUCUGCUGUUGUAGGCGGUGGUGGUGGUAUUUCUGGUUGGUCUUGAUCCUGAGUACUCCGUUCUCCUUUCUUCCUUGUGGGUUUCUUUCCCUGCUUUUGUUGAUGGUGUUUUCUGGAUUUCUAUAUCAAGCUGUAUAGGAAGAACCCAUCCACGGAUCGAUCUCUAUCCUCUUGCACUUAAUUAAUUCCGUGAGCAAUUGCAUCUUAAUCUCAUAUAUCUACCGGCCUCGGUGGUUCUCUGAUCCAGUACAUAUCCGUUUCUAGUUUCUAGGUGGCUUGAUCUCUUCUCAGGUCUACAUCAGUGAGAGGAGAGAAGGAAGAUCUAUUAUCAAGGAGAAGAACCGUUCAUUCCAUCUUGAGUUGUUGCUUGAUUUUAGAUUUCUGUCAGUGGAGGAAAGCUCAGAAAAAGGACAAUUGCAGACGUGAUCUGAAAGAAAAUAAAUUUGUGUGGGUUCUCUUGGAUUUGCAACCCUGGCGAACAGGUGGUGGACUGGGCAAGUGGGGCUGCCAGGCGUCGAGCAGGCAGGGGGUUCUCCAGCGUUGAAGAAACGCGAACUAUCAAUGAAUGAAAACGGUGGAAGCAGCGGCGGCGGAGGUGAUGAAGAAGAAGAGAGAGAGAACGGGGACGAACCAAAAGAAGGAGCUGUCGAGGUCGGGACCCGUCGUCCAAGGGGACGACCGCCCGGGUCCAAGAACAAGCCGAAGCCACCGAUCUUUGUGACCAGAGACAGCCCGAACGCACUUAGAAGCCAUGUGAUGGAGGUGGCAGGAGGGGCCGACGUAGCCGAGAGCGUGGCGCAAUUUGCCAGGAGACGACAGCGAGGAGUCUGUGUACUUAGCGGAAGCGGAGCAGUAGCCAACGUGACAUUGCGACAGCCUGCCGCACCCGGUGCUGUUGUAGCACUGCACGGCCGGUUCGAGAUAUUAUCUCUGACAGGAGCCUUCCUGCCCGGACCUGCUCCGCCAGGGUCGACUGGGCUGACGGUCUACUUGGCUGGCGGUCAAGGGCAGGUGGUGGGUGGCAGCGUGGUCGGCACACUUGUUGCAGCGGGGCCGGUCAUGGUGAUUGCCGCCACAUUUGCGAACGCCACAUACGAGCGUCUCCCACUCGAAGAAGAAGAAGAUGAAGCAGGUAGUGGUGGGCAGGGUCAGCUCGCCGGAGGUGCAGGAAGUUCUCCACCCGCAAUUGGCAGCAGUGCUCAGCAGCAGUCUGGGUUGCCCGACCCAUCAUCAUUGCCCAUUUACAACCUUCCACCCAACCUUAUCCCUAAUGGUGGGCAACUGAACCACGACGCUUUUGCUUGGGCUCAUGCCCGUCCACCUUUCUGAAGAUAGCCGAAAAAUCUGGAGAGAGAGAGAGAGAGAGAGAGAGAGAUAGAGACGAGAGAGUUUCUUUGGUAUCAGAAAUUAGAACUGAAAGAAGUAGAUGAGAGGAGAAAUCUUGGGUUCUCUUUGUAAAUUUUACUUCUUUAAAUUAGCUUUUCUUUUAAUCCCUUUUAGUUCUCAAUACAAUUUGGUUGGCUGGCUUCUCUUCUAGUUCUGGGUGUCUAUUUUAGUCUCCAUGAUCGUUUUGUAAUCCAUUUCUAGCUUUCUUUUUUGUUUUUUUUUUUUUCUUUCUUUUCUUCUGUUCUCCAAGGUGAACUCUCUUGUGUUUUCUUCGUGAUUGCUGAUUGUUUAUUUGUAGCUAACCUGAUAUGAUGGAUGAGACUGUGGAUAUUCAGAGAAUAACGGUAGGUGUAAUA